AUGCGUCAAUUGGGGGGCCCCCCUGGUGGGGGCCCCCAAGAGGGGGGCCCCCGUAAAGGCCCCCUGGGGGUGCCUAUACCACCUCCUUAUAUCCCACCGUCACCACCGCAAGGACCCCCCGAAGCUCAUGCUGCUGCUGUGCGUGCAGCAGCAGCAACAGCAGCAACAGCAGCAAGAGCAGCAGCAGCAGGAGGAAACCCUGAUAAGCAAUUGCUGUCUUUCUUAGAUUGGGCCCAUCAUGACUUUAAUACAGUAGAGGUACCAGGGGGCCCCCCUUUGUUGCCCGAUCUAACUCCUUACAUGCCUCAACACCAGCAGCAGCAACAGGAGGAGGAGCAGCAGCAGCAGCAGCAGCAGCAAGGGGAGCAGCUGCUAGGGAGGGGCCUCCGGGGGGCCCCCCACCUAACGGGUUUAUUAAGCCAAUUAACCUUUAAUAGAUUUGGUGUUAUUAAUGCUAUACAUGGGGAUAUAUUAGCUCCUAUGCUAGGACUGCAGCAGCAGCAGCAGCAGCAGCAGCAGCAGCAGCAAGAGCAGCAGCAGCAGCAGCAGCAGAAGAGGCAGCAUAUUGCAGAUUGUAUUGUUGUACCUGCACCACCAAAUAUGAUUCCUUAUCGAGGGUUUGCAUUAGAUGUAUUAGAGAAAGGAGGAAGAGAAUUACAACAAAAUUUAUUUAGGGCAUUAAAGAGAAGACUGCAGCAAAAACAACAAAAACCUAUCCGCCGGGCAUAUUUACAGCGAAUUGCAGCAGAGGAGAGGAAGCAACUACAACCAGGUCUGGCUGCACAUAUUAUUAUACAAACUGCUGUUGAGGAAAUACUACAAGUGGAUGCUAUAUCUCCUCAAUAUAAUUUGAAUAGAGUGGAUAUUGUAGAGAUUGAUUUAACAGCAGCAGCAAAUGUUGCUGCUGCUGUUAGAGAAACAGAAACUAUCUGGAUACCUGAGAAACAGGUGAUAAGUGCACCAGAGUAUUAUAGUCGUCAAUGCCGUCGUCUUCUUUCUGUUCCUGAUUCUAUCUUAUACUUCUGUAGACGCCAUUCAAGGGUUUCCUUUAAAAAGCACCAUGGGGUAAUUAGACGACAAAGGAAACACUACUUCUCUAAUAUUAGACCUCUUCUUUGGCGAGCAUCGAGGGUUUUGCAACCUCCUCCUUUCUUGGGUUUGGGAACUGAGGAUUCCUUCGGUGUGGGGCCCGUCGACAGCCCCACAGUGUGUCUUUUUGUGUUUUCUUCUUCGUCAUCCUUUUAA